CGAUUUCGUUGUUAAUCUCUACUCCGGUGAUGAUUUCGUUUUCUCUUGAUUUUGUGCUUAGAUCUGCGGUUUUUCUCAGAAACUUUAGCAUGUGUUGAGGAUUCCGAUGAAUUUCAUCAGUUUCAUCUGUACUUCUCUUGAUAUAGGAACAGGCCCUAUCACUGAUGUAAAAGAUGAAAAACCUUCUCGCUCCUCCAGGAAACAGUCUCCAGCAGAGAGUCACCUCUCAGAUGCUCAGAAUUCCUCAAAGGAUGUUCUCCACGGCAGCAACAGUGAGUCUAAAGCUUCUCCGACAGCCGUCAAGAAAAAAAGCCCUCUCUCUCUGACGAAAAGCGACGGUCCAUCUCAGGGAACAAGUGUUCCUCGACAGCUUAGUGGCACUGCUCGUCCUCAGAACAUCUCAGCUCUGAUUUCGUCUACUCAAUGGAAGAAGAAGUCGUCAAAGGGAAUGAGCAGAGGAAGGAGAAGACAAAGAGGAGAAGAUUUGGUCGCUCCUGAGAUCCCUUUGGAUCUCCAGAUUGAGAUUCUGACCAGAUUGCCUGCUAGAUCGCUGAUGAGGUUCAAGUGCGUCUCCAAGCUAUGGUCUUCUCUUAUCCGUUCUCGAUUCUUUAGCAACCGUUAUCUUAAGGUCGCAUCCCCACGACCGCGACCACCUCGUCUGUACAUGAGUUUGGUGGAGCACCUCAAGUGUAAUUCAAUGGGGUGUAAUUCAAUGGAGAUCUGCCAAAAACCCCGCGAGACUGUACUGCUAUCAUCAUCGUCUACUAGUGCAAACUCUUUCGACCCGGCUCUGACAAUGCCAGGGAUAGGAGGCCGUAACAUGGUGAUUCUUCGCGGCUUGAUUCUAUAUUUUGUUUGCAGACAAGCAUGUAUCUAUAAUCCCACCACCAGACAAAGCCUAACCUUACCCGCCGUCAAAUCCAACCUCUUUGCGAAAGAAUCAUUUCGUCAGAGUGUACUCUACUUCUUGGGACAUGAUCCUGUUCUUGAUCAAUACAAAGUAGUCUGCACUGUUGUGAGAUCCUCAAAACGUUAUAAGAAGAUAACUUCGGAGCAUUGGGUCUUGGUACUGGAAGCCGGAGGUUCAUGGAAAAGAAUUGAGUUUGAUAAACAUCAUCUUCCUACAAGACCAGGAGGAGUGUGCAUCAAUGGAGUUAUAUAUUAUAUGGCUUCCACUGGCUUGUUUCCCCGAGCCAUUGUCAGUUUUGACGUUAGAUCUGAAGAGUUCAAUAUGUUCCAAGCACCUCGUGUGCUGCCUGAGUUAGGUUGGCCUGUGGGGUUUAUAGAGUAUGCUGGAAAACCAACUAUUGUUGAUCAUAGCCUUCUUAACAGCUUAGGUUUGGUGGACUUAUGGGUCCUUGAAGAUGCUGGAAAAUGGUCGACGAAAUCUCUGGUUUUGAAGCUUUGUCAGAUGCAUUUAGUCGAUAAAGACAUUGAUCUGACGGUGGAAGGUAUUACUCAAAACGGUGAGGUUAUCUUUGCACAUAGACCGUUGAUUUACCCUUCUUACAUUCUCUACUAUGAUCUGCAAAAGAACGAUCUAAGAAAGGUUAGAAUCAGAGGUAUACCGUUACACUGGUUUAAUAAGCCUGAUGCAAGCUUGUAUUCUUUUUUCAAGCAUAUGGAUAAGAGUGAAAGCAUCAUGCAUUUGGAAAUUUAAUUGCCAUUACUUGUUA